AUGAAAAAAACUUGACACGCGCCCUACGCGCCCUCCCUCGAGACCCUAGAGCUUUACUGGGGUUUCUGCAAUCCCGAUUCCAAGCCGCCUGAGAGAGUAAGAUGUGGCCGCCAUGGCCGGGCUAGAGCACCACCCAAAGACCGCUCUCUCUUAACCUUUCUAAAUUCCCACUAAUUCUAAUGUUUAAACCUAAAGACCAGCUCUCAAUCCAAAUGGUUCAUCUACCUGUUCGUUCCCAAAUCUGGACUUUCCAGACCCUCCCCUACCCUUUUGAUCCCCUAUGCUCCAGCCCCGAAACCAUCUCAACCGUUGUAUGUUGGUGGAUUACUCUCUGUAACAAUCGAGAGAUUAGAUUUGCCAUUGCCCAAGUCGAUGUAGUGAUGAAAAGGAGCCACCUUGCGAUAGAAGGGAGUAGAAAUCUGGUGACUUUAACAUUAUUACCUCACUGGAUGAGAAGCUUGGUGGUGGUCACUACUCAGUACAUGAAAAACUUCUGUGAUUUUCUUUCUUCUGAGAAUCUGCUCUCUAUUAGAGCUAGUGGUAUUCCGUUCACUUGGAAAAACAAGCAAAAAGGUCAGUUUGCUGCUCAAGCUAAGAAAUGGAACAGAAAUGUGUUUGGAAACCUAACAAGAAAGAUUGAAGAUCUUCAUGGAAGAAGCAAUAUUAUUCAACAGCAAUUAAUGACGUCCCCUGACUCUAUCUACCUCAACCAACAGGAUCAACUUAUUAGGAAUGAAAUCACUGCACUCUACAAGGAAGAAGAACUCUUAUGGGCACAAAAGGCUAAGGCUAACUGGCUUCAACUUGGCGACAGAAACACUAAGUUCUUCCAAGCUCAGGCCAACAUUAGGAAGAAGUUCAAUGCCAUUAUUAAAAUCCAAGACUCAAGUGGUAACUGGGCCACUUCUGAUGUUAUAAUUUAGGACUUUAAAAAACGUUUUCGUGCUGACAAUAAUCCUAAUACAAGAUAACAUUCUUAUUGCACAUGAACUCUUCAAUGACUUCCAAAAGUCUAAAGCUAGAAUUGGGGCCAUGACCCUCAAGCUAGAUUUAGAAAAAGCUUAUGACCUUAUUAAUUGGAACUAUAUUGAAUCAUGUCUCCAAAAGUUUGGCUUUCAUCAAAAUUGGAUUAAAACUAUAUCAAAAUGUAUCUCUUAUGUUCCGUUUUCUAU